GCUGAUAUAGCAACAGUCUGUCUCAUAUUUUUGGUUUACAGCCUCCACUUAGUAAAACUUCACAUUUGUAGUACCUGCUGCGAUUGAAGUGAGAGCUAAUUCAGCUCCUUUGUACACAUUACUUCACUACAACCUCACAAGAAGGUUAAUGUAGCUGUGAAAGUGCUGCAACAUACCAGAGUGAUAAGAUAGUAUUUCCUUGAUAAUGUUGUCAAUUGGUGGAAUUUCUGUGUUUUCAUACUUUACAUUUUACAAGAACCUUGACUGUGAUCGAUUUGAAUUAGCUCGUCUUUCCUGCAAAAUGUUAUCUUCGUACUAUUUUUCCGAGAAGUGGUUAAAAGGACUUGUUUUUGUUGUACUAUUCCCAUCGUUGGAUGCAAGUUAUUCACUGUAAAAUAUGUCAUAGGUAAGAUAUAAUAACUGUCUUGGUAAGUUGUGUAAUUUUUUUAAAAAUAAGCAGGUAUAAUCCAAACUGACAUCAAACUGGGCAAAAAUGGUUGAUUAGAAAUGGCAGAGGUUUUUCUCAAUGAGGUGCAAAUUUUCAGCUGUGUGAGGGUCGGAAGAAAAACUUGUAUUUUGAAGGGGUUUGUAUUUUCACCUAAAGACAUAAUCAAAACCUCACAGCAGAAAAUAGUCCUCAAUUUACCUUUGUGAAGUCUGUUUAUACUGUGUCCCAGAAUAACCCCAAGGAUAACUCAUGUUGUUAUAAUACAUGUCCUUAAUUCACUCGCAUGGAUCAGUGAUUUUCAGAUAGGGUCAAAAAUAAAAUCCCAGAGCCUGUGGUUGAGGUGGCUCUUGCUUUCACAAGUAUUUUAAAAAGUCAUAAAUAGCUGCUCUGUAUUGAGUUUUGCUCUCAACACAAGCCGCAAGGUUCCUAAAGUUAUGUCUUAACUUCCACAGUGCUGGAGCUAAAAUUCUAAAAGAAGUGGGAGGUGUUUAGCAAACUGAACCUUAAUUAUAACCUUUACAUAUUUUUAACAAUGGCCUUCAAUAAUUCCAAGAUAUAAGAGAGAAAAGCUCUCAAAAAUGAUUUCUGAUGUUAAUCCAAAUGAACUACACACUACCCAGCAGCUCAAAAAGGAAAAGUAGCACAGGUCAAUAACAGAUAGUGUAUAUUGAGCAGGUUUCUCUCAGUAGCUAACAGGUUUUUUGUUUUCUACCCUCGCUAUCUUUUAAAUUACCUUCAACAUAGAAGAUAUUGGGAUAAGAAGGCAGCUCUUCCCUUUUGUCAUUUGCACAAGGCGAGAUUCACUUUCUAAAUUCCCGAGGCAUUACCAACAGAUCAAUGAGCAAUCAAACUUCUCAUUCCAGAAUGUAAACAACUAUCUAUGUUCCUUUUUUUAUCUCUUAUUGUGUAUCUACACAAACAGCUGGGUGUCGGAGAUAAAGGAGCCGCACUGCACAUUGCAAAAAAGAAAAAAAUAGAUCUUCUGCAAAAAGGGAGAAUAAAAUUAAAUGGAUUCGUAUUGUCAACCUGCCACAUGAAUGCCGUAUAUACAGUAUAUCUAUCAAGUCCAUGAACAAAUCAACCUGAAGAAAGAGAAGUUAUAACGUUAGCUGAAAGAAAUCUUUUCAGUUUUCAAUAAAAGACCGCGCAGAUGCACAGAGACAAAGAUCAGGGAGCAGCAAGUGUUUACCAGCGAAUGAAGGAACAUUUCAACCUUGAACUUGAAUGCAGAAGUGUGAUAUCAACACUUAGAAGCUAACCAGUGGAGAGCUGUUGUGUGUACGUUCAUAUCAUCAUCUUACCCCAAUGUGCAUGUUAGCCAGCUCAUUAGCUUGUCGACUUAUAAAAUGUGUAUUCAUCAGCUGACCUCCACAGAGAGUUAAUCAGUAGCAUCAGCAGCCAGUUAACCAGGGGCAUCAGCUUCAGUAGAGAAACCGCUACACACUAUGUCUUUCUAAGAGCUCAGUGUUUAGUUAGUUAGGUGCAAUUCCUAAACUCCCCAGACUGUGUUAAUAUAAAGGUGCUGAUUACACCGCCCAAGGUAACCAAUCACACAGGAGUUGGGGCAAGACCUGCUAUCAAAGUAACCAAGAAACUGAAGGAGAUGCUUGGCAGAUGAACACAAUAGUGAGGUAGCCUCGGUGAAAAAUUAGAAAAGAGUCAAAUUCCUUUACAGUAACCACUGGUGUUCCCCAGGGAUCCAUCCUCGGUCCCCUCUUGUUCAAGAUGUACCUUCCUUCUCUAGGUCAUAUUUCAUUCAUUCAUUCAUUUUCCUUGUUUAUGCUGCUAACACCCAGCUCUAUCUGUCCUCUAAGUCAAAUUUCAUUACAUCCUUUGAUUCUUCUUCUUACAGUCAAGGCUCUCCAUCACCUAUCACUUCCAAGCCACUAUGAUUGCCCUUUUACUUAUACUCCUACCUGUACUCUCCAAUUUUCCUCCUUUGUGCUCUUUGCUGUACCUCAUGCUUGAUUACCCUCUUCUAGGCCUGGAGUAUUCAUCUGUGCAGCCCUCCAUCUCUGGGACUCUCACCCACAAGCAAUCCAUGACUCUGACUCUCUUCCACCUCCAUUUCUUGCAGAAAAACCACCUUUUAGAAUUGCCUAUCAGUUGUAACAAUACAACAUGUGGCUUGGACUGUAAAUUACUUGUGCUGUUUGGUACAUGUUGUUUUUUAUUGCAUACUGUCCACUUAAGCUUGAUGUAUAUCCAUAUGUUUACCGCCAGUUUGCCUUCAGCUGGGAAUACAGAUGAAAUCAGCCUCUGACUUCACUCUGGCACAUUUGCAUACCCAUAUAGAUUGAUGUGUGCUGUUGCUUGUCAUGAAUAUAAUGAAACUCAAUUUUAAUGCCAAUCAAAAAUGUUCACAUAAAUUCCACUCAACCUGUCAGACAUUAGGCAGUUGCUUAAUGGUUUCAGAGUGAUGGGGACAGUUGUGGGAACUACACGAAUUAACAUAGGCUCUUAAGAAUGAUUUUUUUUAUAGACGCAACACACGUUCUUACAAAUUAUGUACAUUUGACAAUGUUGUCAGGACUAGUUUCUUCCAACUACGUCUCCUGGCCAAGGUAAAAAUGUUUUUAAGCCGUCAUGACCUUGAGAUAGCCAUCCAUGCUCUAAUUAGUUCAAGAUCGGACUAUUGUAAUGCACUUUAUGUUGGCAUCUCCCAAUCAUCUCUUAGUCGCCUUCAACUUGCCCAAAAUGCUGCUGCCCAUCUUUUAACUAAUACUAACAGACAUGAGCACAUCACUCCUGUCCUGAGCUCCCUUCAUUGGCUUCCCGUCUCUUUUAGGAUUGAUUUUAAACUUUUAAUGUUUGUUUUUAAAGCUCUUGACCAAAUCUAUUUUAACUUUAUUGUUUUUAUUGCUUUUUAUUGUAUUAAUUUUUUUUUUUUUUGUAAAGCACAAAAGGGUUGUUGUAAAGGGCUGUAUAAAUAAAGAACAUUUACAUUUACAUAGCUUUUGACAUUUUUUGUGUAUAUAUUCUGCUUCGUAAAGUGGCCCUGGGUUCUUUGAAAGGCACUAUAUCAAUUAUUAUUAUUAUGUAAAAACUAUACUGUUAUUUAAAAUAGCUUGAAAAAAUACCACAUUUAAAGGUGGGGUGUGCAGGAAUCUGUUAAAGAAGCAUCUUUUUUGUGGUGUUUACACAAAAGAGCUUUUAAUAUCAGUCGAUGGCUAUUAGUUAUUGAUGACAUUUGGUAAUAUAAUGAUAUCGCCGACCCUGUAACCUUUCUGCUGGACAGGUAAACCGCUUUAACAAAGUAAGCCAAGUGUUUCUUGUCAAACGGGACCUGCUGCGUGUUGUAGCGUGGCUAAACUGUUGACCUCGGGUCCUGGACUAUGUCACUUUUUCCUAGUUGUGGAAGUCCUUCAAACAUUGUAUUUGCUGGGAGUCUGUUGGCAUCUACAGUAGCACCAAUGCUUUUUACUUUAACGUUGACUGGGCCCCAUUUGUAAUUAUCUUAAGUAUUUAUCUGCAUUAUAUCUGAUUUAAUUGGAACGAUACGAGCGAGCAGGAGCGUCUGGUUUGUUGGCGGGGUUGGGAGGGGUAGUGUUUACAUUCAAGAUUUCUCCCAAAAACUGGCUCUUCCUUAGAUCCUGCCUACCCCAACUUUAACCAUAAAUCAGAUUUUUUUUUUUAACCAGCAUCAAACCCCAAGAUUCAGACACAGACCCAAGCCAAGUGCAAAUAUAUUAUCCUGCACUCUACUUCAUUCAAGUCAGGUAAUUACAUAACACCUGAAGUGGAGUGAUCAUGAAGAGUCCAGGUUCUCUAGUAAAAUUUGACUGUGAAGUCUGUUUUUGUGGGAGUCCAUUACUGGUGAAUUGGAAGCUGUUAAAUCGAUAUUGCACAUAAUUGGUCGCUUUUACAAUACAGGGCUGUCAUCCGGUACUCUUAAAUCCACACGCACGCACGCACACGCACACGUGGUCAUCCUUGAGCACAAACACAGUUGUACAGCUGCAGCAGCAGAGUGGCAGCAGCAUGUUCUGCUGCCCGGAGGAGGAGGAGCGUGCCGAACCACCUCUAGGUUAAAGAGGAGGUUUAUGGUCUAAAAGUGAACUAUAUAUAUUUUUUCUUUUAAACCCUAACAAGCUGAUAUCAGAUCUGGACGCUCGAAUAAGGAUGGCAGCCGCCUCGACAGAUGCGGAGCAAGGGUCCACAAAGAUCACUCCCGAAGCGCUACAGGAGAUGCUCCAGUACUACAACCUGAGCCGUCAGGAGUUCAUCGACACCUACAACAUCGAGCCGCUCGUCUACAUCCCCGAGUUACCCUACAGCGCCAAGAUAACUUUUGUCAUCAUGUACAUGGUGAUAUUCGUGCUGGCUCUGGCUGGAAAUAGUUUGGUCAUUUACAUAGUUUUGAAGAAACGCGCGACUCAGACUGCGACGGAUGUUUUUAUCUGCUCUCUGGCGGUCAGCGACCUGCUCAUCACUUUCUUCUGCAUCCCUUUUACUCUGCUGCAGAACAUCUCGUCUGAGUGGUUCGGGGGUGAGUUUUCAACUUCUCCAACAAUUCUAACUAUCAUCUGAAUACCAAAUGACACCAGGUGAUGUUACUUGAAAAGUCAAUGAAAUACUUGAGUGCAUUAUAGGGAGCAGAAAAGGUAUUAACUAUCAUUUGGAUUCAUGCGCUAAAGUAUAGCUUUUAUUGUGUAUCACACUGACGUAACAGACCAAAUAAGUAUCUCAUUCAAGACCAAUUUUUCUUUAUAAGUCCUUUAAAAUAAGUAUUAUUCUCAGUUUUUAAGCCCCUCAGCUUACAUGAGCAAAAAUGUGAUAAAAAAAAAAUCAGAAAGUUUAACGUUGUUGAUUUUUUUUGACAUUUAGAUAAAAUGCACAUGAAGGGGUUUAAAAAUGAAAAGCAUCUACUUCACUUCAGCUGAUGUCUCAUUUACUUUAUACAUAUAUUUUGACCAAUCAUGCUCCAUCUGCAUUAUGUAGCUGCAGAUCUGCCUUAUUCAGAUCUGCAAUUAGAUUUUUGUGCAUGUCAGGUGUGCUUUCUAAGCAUUUCCUUUUUUCGUUUUCUUGCUAUUGCUGUCAAAACUCAUAGACAUGUGUCUUUAAUAGCUGUGCAGUCAGCUAAGUAUAAAGGCAUGCAGUUUUAGUUCAUGGUUUCGGCAUCUUGUUUUAAGAAACUUGUCGAGAAAAUGUUGUUUGCCACCUUUGCAGCCAUUUCUAUUCUUCACAAUCCUCAACAAUCCUUUCCUGCAAUGAAUUAAGUGUGCAGGGACCAUCCUCAAAGUGCAAUACCGAUAAAAAAUGCUGCACAAGUAUUCAAAAACUACACCCAGGAUAGGUGCAGAGUCAAAAUCCUCUUACAAUUAGGUGAUAUUGGUCAUAUUUCAUCAACUAGAUUGAGAAAUAAUGUCUUGUUAUUGUUUUGGGGGUCAUAUUACUCCCACUCACCCCUACUGGUGCAAGUUACAUUUCAAAUAAAUAAAUUUUUACUGUCACAAGUGUAUAAUAACAGAUGGUAGUUUUACUGCUGCAUGAGUAAAACGUCACUACAGUAACUGUACAAUACUUUGACAGUAGGGGAAUAUUGGUAAUCUUUCCACUUCACAUGCAAAGUGAAUGUAUUUGAAAUUAGCUCCACUGUUUACCCUUUCAAAUCAUGUAUUUUACUUUCCUGCAACUAACAUACAUCAAAUUUCGAGUUAGUGUGGGAGGUUAAAUGACCUGUGUCCGAAUCAAAACAAAAACCAGCCAAAUAUAGAGACAUGAGUAAAUCACCAGUACUUUCAUGUAUCUGAUGUGUAAUGAGAGGUUCCCUGCGGCUCAAAAGUGGAGCAAACUGCUUACUGAUUGAAAUGGUGCAGAUCAAUAUCUGGCUCUUUGAAUGGGUUACUGAAUCCUAAAUUGCUCAUGAAGACGGAGCCGCCUGUGUGACCGUGUGCUGAAUUAGAUGGGCUGGCCAGCACCCUGCAUGGCAGCUUUAAUCAUCAGUGUGUGAAAAGCCAGCAUGACUUGCAGUGUAAAGCAAUUUGAGCAUUCAGAAGACUAGAAAGGUCGUAUUUCAGGAAAGUACAUUUGUGAUUACAUGUUACAGGGGGAGAAACAGUCAGGGCUGCCCCUGCUUAAAGUUGGGCUCUUGGUGGAAUAACAGUUCACAUUUUACCUUCAAAUAAGUACAUAUCAAAAUGUCAGUGAAUAAAUUCCCAGUCUGAUAAAAGAUUCAGUACAUUUCAUCCCCCAUACUCAUAUGAAAGGUAAUAAGACCCCCAGUAUAAUGAUAACUCUGUAACUGCUCUGCUAUUUUCUAUUCCUGCCUCUGACCGUCUGCCUUGUCAACUUCUCUGAUCUGCAACAUUUCUCACCCCAUCACCAUCAAACACAACUCCAUUUGAAGUCUGCUUCUUGGGAUUCAUUUUCACAUCAGAUGAACGAAGUCUGGUGGAAACUUGAGGUUAAUAACAUGGCAAAUCAAAACCUUCAAAACCAGCUGUGCUAUGCUAUUUAAUCGCAGCUAGAGUUGACAGCAGCAUCUUACAAAAAUAGUUUAAAUUGGUUUUGUCACAGCAAAGUUUCAACAUGCGUAGUAUGUGCGUGUCUGUCAUGUGUAUCUGCUCCCUCUGCAAUGGAGAAGCAGAGGGAGCAGAUACAGUAGGCAUAUUGGUUAGCAGCAGACAGAAAAUGAAUAAAUAAAUAUUUAUUACACUGAAAUGGCUAUACAAUUUACUUGAAUGUGCUGGACCAACAACACAGGAUGUUUCUGACCUUGAUAAAUUGUAUCAUAAUUCAUGUGCUCUGCAUACAAGGAGGGUUGGUACUGGAGAUUUGUGGUACAAGAUUUUCGAUUUGAGUUUGUUUUUAUAACAGCUGACUGUGACUAACUCUAAACAGUGUAAAUAGGGAGCCUGUUGUUAUGGAAUUGGGCUCUUUGGAUUGUAUAAAACAGUGUUCACCAGGCCUUCUGUGGUGUUUUGGUUAGCUUGAAAUGAUGAGGUUUGAGCUGUGAUUUUGUUCCCAGUAGAUUAUUAUUCUGCUGCUGUCCCAAUAGAAGUAUUUCAGACCAUUUGUAACUCAACAUCAGUGACAGUAUUUUGCUUUGGGACAAACAGAAACCUUACACAAGGACUUGUUCCUUUUACAGCUUUGAUUACCAAGCCUCCUGUCUCUUGUUCAGGUUAUCAUGUUGCUAAUUACCUGACCAUCAGAAAACAACAGCUUGUCUCUGUGUCGUAUGUUGUGAUUUGUGUGCGUUUUCUAAUCCCUUGCGUUUCAGUUGUAACUUUAUGUGAUUGGUCUUUGUGGUUGAAGCAGCUUAAGGUUAACUGCAGAUGGCACAUUGUUGUUGAAAAAAAGUAUGCACUAUGCACAACUUUUCUGUGUUUCUCCCAAAAGGGAAAAGGAAACCACUAUUGCUGUGGUCUUCCAGUGCAUGUGCUCUAAACGGAGUUAUGACAUUUUCAUCUUAGCAACAACAAAGCAGUUACAGUAUCAUGUUCUUAUCUUGACAUCUUCACUCUACAAGAGCAAAGCAAAACCACAACAGAGAAGGGGGAUAACUCAAGGAUUGGGAGCAUGGCGAGCCGAUCACUCCUGUUAUGAUGUCACCACAGGAGUCAAUUCAAAUCCUGUAGAUGCUGCGUAAAUAGGUUGCAGAAGUCAUGCAAAGACUUUUCACGGAAACAUUGACAGGGUGACGCGAGGAGUAUAUAAUAGUGCAUCCAAGAUAUAGAAAAUUCCCCUUUUUUUAAUUCUAAAUUCAAUAUGCGUCACCUAAAUAUGUCAAGCAUUUUUCUGUCCAAGUCUCAUAAUUAGCGCUCAAAAAACUUUAAAAAAUAUAUUGAUCUGACAAUUUUAUUUUAAGAUACUUGACUAAUUUUUUUAAAAAUAUAAAGAAAUCACUACAGACAUAUUUUUGGAGAUGCACUUGUAUAUACAGGCAAAGACAUAUAUUCUUAUCAUUAAACCAUAUGGGACCUGAAUAAAUGACAAGGACCCAAUUAACACCUAUCAUCAAGGUGUGAUCUGCUUUCAACGGAUUGUCUGGUUAGAGAUGAAGGAAUGCUAAUUGCAAGUGUAGAUAGGUCAACCUAAACAUGAUCGGAUCUGCCUGACAACAUAUGGAGGAAGUCUGACUCACAUUGUGUUCAGAUAAUACAGGUGCAUCUCAUUAAAUAAGAAUAUCAUCCAAAAGUUAUCAACUUAAAAUUCAAUAUCUCAGAAAAUAUAAAUAUUAAUAAUACUGAAGAACGAUAAAAGGUUUUUCACAGAAAGGUCAGACUGAAAAGUAUAAACUCAGUACUUGCAGUGACAUGGAGGUGAUCAGUCUGUCGCACUGCUAUGGAAGCCCAGGUUGCUCUGUUAGCAGCCUUCAGCUCUUCACAAUACCCCAUUGAUUCUUCAUGGGGUUCAGGUCAGGUGAGUUCGCUGGCCAAUCAAUCACAUGGAUACCACAGUUCUUAAACCAGGUAUUGGCAAUUUUGGUGGUGUGGGCAGGCACCAUGACCUGUUGGGAAAUGAAAUCAACAUCUCAGAAAAGCUGGUCAGCAGAGGGAAGCAUGAAGUGCUCAAGUGUGAAUUUCCCAGUUUGGGAUCAAUAAAGUCUAUCUAUGUAUGUAUGUAUGUAUGUAUGUAUGUAUGUAUGUAUGUAUGUAUGUAUGUAUCUAUCUAUCUAUCUAUCUAUCUAUCUAUCUAUCUAUCCAUCCAUCCAUCCAUCCAUCCAUCCAUCCAGCCAUCUCAAGAGCGUCCUGGUAGACACCUGAUAAAACACAGUGGUCCAGCACCAGCAGAUGACAUGGCUCCUCAAACCAGGCUACUUUGAAGUAUGUCAGUUUUGCCAUGCAUGAGUCAAACAAUAGAUUCUAUCUGGCAGCAUUAAAUCUUUUUGACAGAUUUUUUUUACUUAAAAGUGGGGUAGACAGGAUCUGAGGAGGUGCCAGUUUUUGGGAGGAAUCUUGAAUGUAAACUCUACCCCUCGCAACCAGUUUUCCUCUCCGCUCCUCCUCUCCCCUCCCUCUCUGCUUCAGCAAGCCCCGCCCACAAACAGACGCUCCUGCUCACUUGUAUCGUUUCAAUUAAAAUUAAGAUAUAAUGCAGAUUAAUACUUCAGAUAAUUACAAAUGGGGCUCAGUCAACGUGAGAGGAAAAAGCAUUGGUGCCACUGUAGAUGCCAACAGACUACCAGCAAACACAAUGUUAGCAGGACUUCUACAACUAGGAUGAAGUGACAUAGUCCAGGACCCGAGGUCAACAGUUUAGCAGCGCUACGACAUGCAGCAGGUCCUGUUUGACAAGAAACACUCCUGUUACAGACACUUGGCUUACUUUGUUAAAGCGAUUAACCUGUCCAGCAGAAACGGUUACAGGGUCUUUAAGAUCCCGAAGCGUUCCCCAUCGUUUAUGCUAUGUUGACCCUAAGCCUUAGCUCUUGCCCGGCUUUUUAAACGCCUGUUAUUCCGCCAGAGUCUCCGGUAUCAACUUCGUUUUCUUGCUUGUGUCGGCAGACGUGGUCAAAGGAGGAUUCAGACAAUUUUCCGUACUUUCUGGUUGGUUUCUACUGUCCGAUAUUGUAGCACGCUAACUUUGUUUGGGCUCAUUAAAAAAGUUUCUCAGAAAUAUUUCUGAUCAACACAUUUAACUGCCAAAAGUCAGCCGGAUAAGUUUUUGUGUACUACUUAAAAGUACUAAUACUACAAGAUAAGCAAAGUCUGCUUUAUCCCCCCAAAAAAUUGAUACAUACAAAAAUUUCCCUACAGGAGCUUUAAAUGAUCUGAAGCAUUAAAGGUAUGUCCUGUUUGGGUUAGGGUUAGGGAUGCUGUGUGUGUGGUUGCAGUUCUGCUUAGUUUUCUUUUCUGCUCUCCCUUCUAGAUGUGCUUGCAUGGGAUCUACUUUUAGGUGCAGUAACUCAAGAGCAUAAUGCAUUUUUUCCGUUGCGUCUGAUAUUACCUUGUAUGACAAUAGAGCUUUUUCCUUAGAUAAGCAUGUGGCAUGUAUGCAUGACAUAAUGAAAGCACAAACAGCGUCAUGAUAUUCAACACAAUGCCUGAAACCAACAAGGACCCUUCAAGAAAUGUAACUAACAGUGUACCAUAGCGAUAACAGGCCAGCUCAAAGCAUGCGACCCAAUUGAAAUAGGCUCAUUAUGCUCAGGGUGUGCAAGUCUUCACCAGGGUUUCACCUCUUUGCUUCAUUAGACGUGAAAAGUGUGUGAUCAGUGUGCAGAAGAGAAAUCAGAGAUUGUCGUUUUGUCAUUUCCAUCCCCCCCCCCCACUACACACACAGGUAGAGUGACAGGAGGAGAAAAGAGCUCCACUGUGUUUGUUUCCACUCUAAGAUCAGACGAUAAGCAGACCUGUGAGCCUGAAUAGAAAUGUGUCUGUUGUCUCUCCACAAUCUCAUUAUUGUCCAUCCCUUCUGUUGUGUGUUUUUUUACAGGGGUUCUGGUUUGCAAGACAGUUCCCUUUGUGCAGACCACAGCUAUUGUGACGGGCAUCCUCACCAUGACAUGCAUCGCCAUCGAGAGAUACCAGGGCAUUGUCUUCCCGUUGAGGAUGAGGAGGCAGUACUCGUCCAAAAGAGCAUACAAGAUGCUAGGUAUCCUAUGUUUGCAAGAGAGGCUUAUUAGCACUGUACUGUGUUGGUCUUGUGUUUGCUGUAAGAGCUGUGACAAAGUUUGCAUGUGCAUGAGGGCUAAUCAACAUGUUCCGCUUUUCUGCUGCCACGAGUGUUAUGCAAGCUAAAUGAACGCCGUACAUCUGCAGGGGAUCUAAUCAAUUCGAGUGUUACACCCGUGUGAGGAUGCAUAUUAUACGUUUUUGUGCAGACUCUCACAGAACAGGCUGCAAGCUGCGUCGAGGUUUAGAUGCUCCUGUGGCUGUUUGUUUUACAUUUGCAAGGUUUGAGUUCAAUUUGCUUUUACACGGCUCCAUAUCAUUUUACUUGACAGUGUAGACUCUCUUGUUACCCUCAUGCACACUCACUCGCUUGUGCUCUGGAUGAGGGAUGAAUCCUCCAAACCGUGUGGGCUGUGUGUGUAAAUGUACAAGGAAGUCAGCAGUAGAUGCCUCUGGUGCAAGUGCAGUCAAAAAAUGUGUUAGUUACUAAAUUGUUCACUCUUCACUCUUUGACCUAGUUCAUUUUUACCCUUCACAUGAGAAAUCAAGCGGCUCAUGCCUGAAGAACCAAAGGGCAGCUGUUUGCUGUUUGGGAUCAAUACAAACAUCCGACAGUGCUUCUGCUCCUUUGUAUCCGUGUCUUUCAUGAUCUUGACACGUACAGGUUUGAGAAUAUCCUUUGAGUGUCUCUUCAAAGUGUACAAGAAAAUAAAAGUCUGGAAGUGCCACUUUUUGAAGAAGGAAAUAUUAGAAAAAGGCUGUUUUUGGCAGGAAUGAUGUCGCUAGCUUUAGCUGACACUCACCUGUUGGCAACAUCUGGAGAUUUUAAAAGUAAAAAUGCACAAAUAGUCAAAACUACUUUGCUUUUGAAGGUGUCAAAGAGGCAUGAGUAUCAAAUUGAGCCUGUUUCAUAAACACAUAAACACCUCCAAACUCUUUAGUUUCCCUUUUAGAAACACGCUGCUAAAACAGCUUUCCAUAUUUUGUUUCUGCUGCUGUCCUUUUAACUGUCUGGUCUGGUAUCGUUUUAGUCUUUUUAAAGAAAAGGAUUUGAAGUUGGGCGACGCAGUGGUGUAGCGGUUAGCACUGUCAUGUCACAGCAAGAAGGUCCUGAGUUUGAAUCUGAGUCAGGGCGCUUCUGUGUGGAGUUUGCAUGUUCUCCCUGUGUCUGCGUGGGUUUACUCCGGGUACUCCGGUUUCCCACCACAUCUCAAAAACAUGCAGAAGUGGGGUUAGGUUGAUUGGCCACUUUCAAAUUGCCUAUAGAUGUGAAUGUGAGCGUAGAUGGUUGUUCGUCUCUAUAUGUCAGCCCUGCGAUGAACUGGCGACUUGUCCAGGAUGUCCCCUGCCUUCGCCCGAAGAUGCUGGGUUAGGCUCCAGCGACCCCCAACGGGAAUAAGCUUUAGAAAAUGGAUGGAUUUGAAGUUUAUCAUCAAAUAUGGUUGUUACUGUUACGAUGGAUGUUAUAGUUUCAUGUUGUCCCUCAAAUAACUUAGAAUAAUGUUUUAUAUUUACCCAAGAUAAUGUAAAACUAGAGUAAACCCUCAUCUUUCUGGAGCUUGAAGCCUUCCUGCUGCUUCUGUCAGGUUGUGUUAAAAGGCUCAUUUUAAAGACAGAAGCCGUGAUAGUGACUGUGAAUUUCUGAAGUAGCUACUCGUCCUCUUUCCUUUCACAGCUGUUGUAUAUUCCUCCAAGCAUGGUCAUAUCGGCGUGUAAAUGAGCUUUAUGUUUACAUCCUGCAGGGCUGGUAUGGAUCGCCUCAGUGGUGGUGGGCUCACCCAUGUUGUUUGUACAACAGCUGGAGGUAAGUGUUUCAUUUCAUAAGAGAUAAUUUAAAAGAUGUUAUUGUUUUUAGCUCCUCUUAGUGUUCAAUUGUAAAUGCUGGCGAUUAAGGUGAUGAUCUUUGGAAAUAAUUAGAAAACUAAUCUUUCAAUUAAUUCCAAGCUGUUUUUGUAAAGGUCAAUCCGCCCACUUCUUACAACUCUGCUGCAAACUCAUGUUAAAGUGUAUAUAAUACUGAAAAACUCACGGUGAUCUGGAGCUCUAAGAAGUCUGGAGCUGUGAUUUCUUUAUGAUUUGCAUACUCUGUUUAUGAAAAACACGGGGGAGGGGGUUAAGGCCAUAUAAACACCGAUCAAAGAGUUGCUAAGUGCUGCUAAGUUGAGCUCCUGUUGUGGUUGUUUAAUAUACAGUCAACAAACUCUCACAUACUGCACAGCCAGAGCUUCUCUAAGUCCUAUCUUUUCUUCCUCCUGCUGUGUAGGUGAAGUACGACUUCUUAUACGAUCACUACCACGUGUGCUGUCAGGAAAGAUGGACCUCCAUGACUCACAGGCAGACGUACACCACUUUCAUCAUGGUGGCUCUGUUCCUGCUGCCUCUGGCCGCCAUGCUGUUCCUCUACACCCGCAUCGGCAUCGAGUUGUGGAUCCGCAAGAGGGUGGGCGACUCCUCAGUCCUGGAAACAAUGAACCACAGGGAGAUUAGUAAGAUAUCCAGGUAGGUUAGACAACUGGGGAGUCUCACAAACAUAAAAAACAGCAGGGAGGAGACAGGGGGUUUGGUGUCUGAAACUUUCAUGCAUUUUUAAUCUCUAAACAGACAUUUUGCUUUAAAUACAGUUUAUAAUUUAGCUUCAGGCAUCCUGUCCUGCUAUCUUAAUCCAUUCCCAAAGCUACACUCGCUUGUCACACCAUAAAAAAAUAAAAAAGCACUUGGAGAGCGCAGACCUCCGCCAAGCAGCUCACGUCCCCCCUUAUAUUGUGAUUCACACCAAAACUUAUACUGUUGCGUGUCUUUUAUUAACGUUUAUUUGUGUUUAAACUGGUAUGUUCACUGUUCAUGAAACAAGAAAUGCCCUGACCAGGAUUUGAACCCAGGACCUUCUGGUUGUGGGGGCGACAGUGCUAACCACUACACCACAGUGCUGCCUACCUGCACCACUCUGCUGCCCAUUACUUAUCUUUCAGCAUUGAAAAUUCCAACGACACCCUUAUUUUUGUGUGUUCUGGAUCACAGUAUCCAGAAUUUUGUCUGGAUCACCACCAAAAUUUAAGGGGAUCCUCCUGGGGCUGAGACAGACAAACAAACAAACAAACCAAUGCUACCAAAAACAUAACCUCCUUGGCGGAGGUAACAACCUGAAUGCAGAAAAGAAAGCUCGAGUAACAUACCUGACAGCGAGGAAGGCUCCAAAAAGUGUUAAAAAUUUAGCUGUGCCCCUCAGUAGCUACAACCUUGUCAGAAGUUUGCCAAGAGAUGUCCUCGUAGUUUGAACAACUUUAAAAUUCGUGCUUUUCAUACCUCCAAACACAGUUGAAAGAAGUCGUGGGUGGAAAGUUUCACAUUCUUGAAGCUGUACAAGCAGCUCGGAGUGUUUGGUCCCGGCAUCUGGACGACAAGGAGAGGAAACUUGCGCUUUAUUUUCACAAAAUGACUCGGCUUUCAGCAACCUGACAGCUUACACUUUUCCAUUUUAUUGACAGAUCUUUAGACGUAAGGUAAAAAAAAGUACAAGGUUCCUGAUACUGAAAGUAGGUGUUUUUUUACGUAGAAUAAAGAGUAGAAAAGUACGGGGUGAUGAAUGGUGAGGGGGCGCUCGUGUGAAUAAGAAGUCUACUUAAGUCUAAGAUGACAAAAACAACUCCUUUCGGCACAGACUUUCUCUGGCGUCAUUUAGAUCAUGAGAGUUAAUCACUGAGCAACCUGACAGCUUACACUUUUCCAUUUUAUCGACAGAACUUUAGAGGGAGUUUAAAAUACGACACAGCAGAAAGGUAAAAAAAAGUACAAGGUUCCUGAUACUGAAAGUAGGUGUUUUUGGUAGAAUAAAGAGUAGAAAAGUAAGGGGUGAUGAAUGGUGAGGGGGCGCUCGUGUAAAUAAGAAGUCUACUUAAGUCUAAGAUGACGAAAACAACUCCUUUCGGCACAGAGUGUCUCUGGCGUCAUUUUAGAUCAUGAGAGUUAAUAUCUGACCAAUCAGAGUCAAGUAUUUAAUACAGACAGCAAAUAAAAGAGUGGAUCUUUACUGCCAUAUUUAAGGAUAAUCAAAGGAAAUAAACGUUAGAGAAACUUAAGUCUUAGAAGUCCUUGUUUGCCCACCCAACCAAACUGACCUUCUCAUUGCUGCGUUCUUCUUCACCGCUGAAUGCCAGUACCUAUAGCUGCACAAAUCUCAGUUCCAGGAAGGCCAGAUAACAGGUGUUCAUUACAAAUGUCAGAUACUGACGUGUUGACGCCUGAAAAUAAAGGGCAAGAUUAAUAGCCAGCAUCUUGAUAGGCAGCUGUCAUAUCGAUUUGCUUCACAGCCCAUCAACUUUCCAGAAAAGAUGCAAUUCUCUGUCAAAUUACAGCAUCAACCAUGUGUUGAAUGACUGGCGUCGUUUGAGGCCAAAGAAUUUCUGCUCUGUGAUUGCCAGGUUUUUUUUCUAUAAGUCUUUAUCUGCAUUGAAAACAUGUUUUUAAGCUGAAAUUAUUCUCAGCUUUAGUGGGAGUCAAAACAUCAACACUGCUGAAGGUUUUCUUUUGUUAACUUGUGUAACUUUUGUGUAAAAAUCACACACCAGAGCCUUUUGACAAACUUAUCUGAAAGAGCACCAUCAUCGUUGUUAUUAUUAUCAUUAUUUUAAGCUGCAUUUGUUCUCUCUGUCAUCAAGUUUUCUUUCGUUUUUGUUUUCACCAGGAAAAAGAAAAGAGCCGUGAAAAUGAUGGUCACCAUCGUCCUGCUUUUCACCAUUUGCUGGGCACCUUUCCACACGGUCCACAUGCUGUUCGAAUACUGUGAGUUUCUUUUCUCAAAACUUUUUGUUUACGUUAAACUGGCAUCGGUGAAAAAUUCUGCAUGAUAGGUUUCAUAUUAUCCAGUGAAACAAAGUUAGAAUAGAUGUGUGUGUGUUACUUUUUACACAGCUUUGUAGCCUUGAAACUUGGGAUGUUUCGAAUUUGAUGUCUGCAACACGUUAAAAAAAUCGGGACAGAUACAACAAAAGAGUGGAACACCAGUUUGGAGCUUUCCACAGGUGAGCAGGUUCAUUAGAAACAUGUGAGCGUCAUGACUGGGUGUAAAAGGAGAAUCCCCAAAAGGUUCAGUCGUUCACAAGCAAAGUUGGGCGAAAUUCACCUCUGUCAACAACUGCGUGAGCAAGUGGUUCAAGAACUUUCCUCAACGUACAGUUACAGGAAUUUAGAGAUUUCAUUCUCAAUAGUCCAUAAUAUCAUCAAAAGAUUCAGAAAAUCCAGAGAAAUCUGCACGUAAGGCGCAAGGCUGGAAACCAACAUUUCAUUUCUACAUUUACAAGUGCAAGUUCGAACUCUACCCUGCAAAGCCAAAGCCUGAUAGGAUACAGUAUCUCUGAACCCAAGCUCUUCUGAGGUGUGGACAAUUGUGCUGUGGUCUGACGAGUCCACGUUUUAAAUAUUCUUUUAGAAAUCAUAGCUACAGUGUCCUCCGGGCUUGAGAUAAAAAGGAUUAUCUCAGGACCAACUUCAAAAGCCAGCUUCUAUGAUGGUUGGCAUUGGUAACUGUCACAUCCGUGAAAUCUCCAUUUCUGCUAAAAGGUAAAUACAGGCUUUGGAGCAACAUCUGCUGCCAUGCAAGCCACUUCUUCAAGGGCGUCCCUGCUUAUUUCAGCAAGACAAUGCCAAGACACAUUCUGCGCGUGCUACAGUCAUAGACUGUAUAUUCUUCUGUAUGGACAACUUGGUUCCGCCUUCUGCCAGUAUACAGAUUUGAAGCCAAAAAGCUCUCGGUAUUUCCACGAUUUUUCUUCAUUUCCUGAAACCAGCAUUGCGCUGUAGUGUUGUACGAAAUUCAGCGGGAGAGUCGCUGUGAUGAAGCUUGGCUCAAACAGCGUAUCCCCCGGGUGAGCUACACAAUCUGUGGACACAAAUGUUUGUCCACAGCUCCAUAAGCUUUGCUGGCGGUGGCGGGUUUUUGAACUAUACUGUAGCCCGUCAACAGAGGGUGCUGUUCUCGGAGUGGCUUCACCCAGCGAGGAGGCAGAUGCUGACCAUUCUAUAUACAGUCUAUGGUUACAACAGAGGGACUUUAUAGUGAAAGACACAUUAUUAAGUGAAAAACACGACAACGGAGACCCUGGACUGUACAUCAACAGAUAUGGUGAACAAUGGCAAAAUUUCCACUUUUCAAAGCUGCCUCGGUUCCCUAUCAUUAUUUGAGUGUUAUUAAAAAUACACAACAAAGGGUCAAUGUAAACAUGCCCCGAUUUUUUAAUAACAUGUUGCAGGCAUCAAACUGAAAAUGAGGGAAUAUUUGCAACAAAAAAACAUUAAAGUUCAUCAUUUUGAUCUUUGUAGAUGAGCCAAGUGAAUAAUUGAUCAGUAAUAACCUCUGAUACUGACUUAAACGACAGGUAUCCACAAGUUUGCCAAUCAAUCCAUCAACUGGUUUAUAACUAGGGGUUCCAUAAAAAAUUAUAGUUUCAGGAAGUAAGUUAGGGACCCUAAAUGUAGCAGAGUGUGAUGUUGGUUAAUCGUCACCAGUCAUUGUCCUCGUAUAUUAAAGUUUAAAUGGCUUUGGUUAAAAAAACAAGUCUAGGUAAGUAGGGAUUGAUAUCAGGUAGGUAGUGUAGUUAAUUGUUGAUAUAAAUCUUAAUCGAUAAUGAUCUAAUUUUGCAUUCCCACUUAAAAGUGUAAGUUUAAUACAAAAUUCCAGCUGUAAUGUUUUUUCCUUCUUCGCUUCUCAGGGUUAUGCCAUCUUCUCAGAGUCUAUAGUUUGAGUCUUUGUGUUUUGUUGUCUAGAUGACCUGGAGAACAAGUACGACGGCGUAACAGUCAACAUGAUCAUCGCCAUUGUUCAGGCCAUCGGCUUCUCCAACAGCUUCAACAACCCCAUCGUGUACGCCUUCAUGAACGAGAACUUCAAGAAGAGCUGCUUCACCACGCUCUCGCAAUGCAUCCGCAGAUCCCCCCAUCAGGGCGGCGCCGUGGUGGCGCCCAAACUGAGCGUGCAGUUCAUCAAACCGCAUAGUAGAGAGGCCUUCUUGGAGUCGGACGAAGGCAACAGCUCAAACCAGAACUCUGCGGAGAAAGGCCACUCGAAUUCUUUGCAUAGAGAGAGCACGCUUGAAAUCGGAGAGAAAAUAUCGACCAUUCAAACAGAGCUGCCUGCACACAGCACAGAGAAAUGAGAAAAACAAACACACCUGCUCUUAAGUGCAGGAGCUGAACUGGAUUUAUCGACUCUUUACUCAACCAGCUGCACCUGAACCAGAUGCAAAUUCAAGUUGAAUUUUAGGCUUGAACAGAUUUGAGAAUAACACCGCACUGCCAUAGAUGAGGGGGUAUUUUUUCAUUUCAGUAAGAGGAGCAGCGGGAAGAAAAACGGAGGAAACCGAAAGGUAGCAGUUGAAAGAAAGCUCAGCCCUUGCUGUCAGACACUGAAAGACUGGUUUGUCAGCUGAAUUCAGGGAUAAUUAUUGUUGGGAUGUCUCAGCUAUCUGCGAAAGCAUCAUUGAUGUCACUCUAAAUGAACACAAACUGUCACCACAGCUGUGCCAUGGUACAUUGGGAACAUCUGAUUAAUGGAGUCUACGUCAGCAGCAAAGGAUGAUGGAUCUGGAUUUGAUGGACUGCUCUGCUUUGAAUACACAAAGUCGAAUAUCCAACAUAAACCUCAGUGAAGUUCAGGUUCUAUCAAUUGCAAAAUAUUCUUUUAUAACAGAUUUUUCUUAUACAAAUACUAUUAAACUUAAAAAAAAGGGCAUCUUUGCAAACCUCACCCUAACACUGGUUUUAAGAGAACUAUAUCUGUAAUAUUGACAUAGAAGGUUUAAAUCCUCAUGCAAGUCUAUGCCUCUACUCUUUUUGGACCAGAUCAGAUGCCAUACAAAGGAUGCAAUCAGAUAUUUUGACUCUUUCAAAGCUGUGAAUGAGACCGCCUCAUAAAGCCAGUUAGCCAUGACACGUUAAAACGGCAUUUGUACUUUCUCGCUGCUAUAAAAAUAAAAUCAAUUUCACACAAGAAAAGCCAAGAUGAAAAGCACUGAAGGGACACAUACAAGGAAAAUGGACCAGUAUUGUGUUUGCUUAAUGGUGCUGUGGAAUAUUCCUGUGAUUUUUGCCGUCUUAUGUUAGUUUGUUGUGAAGUUAGUGACAUGUUUUGUAAUCAUGUUUGGCAUUUAUGGCUUUAUUAAAAGAUUAAUGUUGAGAAAACUUUAUUUUAGCUCAGAUCUGCAUUCAUGUAAAAUGUAUUUUUACAGUUUUUCCCUUUUUUUUUGAUGAAUUCAUAAGUUCAUUCUGAUACGAAGAUAUAAAGUGUAAAUCUUUUAAUAUGGAAUAAAAGCAGCGCUGACUUGUGAUGACCCGGUUUUUCUUUGCACAUCUUGGAUAAAGAAGGACAUUGUUGUUAAGGGUGUACUGAGAGUAUUAGAGUUGAGAAAGGCGCUUAUUGAUGAAAAAUUCUCUGUGUUUAGAUCUGGUGAAAUGAAAACUUGAGAUUCUUCCUAAAAUGAUUAUCUUAAAGGUAUAAUGUGUAGAAAUUGGAACAUGUAGGGAUAUCUAGCAGUCAGAUUUUAGAUCCAAACACUCUCCCCUCACCUCGCCUGUUGGUGAAUUAGUGAUGACCUUUAAGAACAAGAAUAAGCCUCUAUCUGAAAAGUUUUUAUGAUCAUGAAAAGCUGAUUUUAAAUGAUCAAAAACAAUCGAAUUUUGAUGUUCAAGUGACGAUGCACUAAUUUCAACAUACUUCAGAGUGUCUCUUCUGCUAGAAAUUGCCCAUUCCUCCAUACUGAACCUUUAGGACAUAUUAAAUUCUGUCAUCUUAAUGAAGAUUAAACUUUAACUCUGUGUUU